GCGACGUAAUAGGGACGGGUCGUUGUCCGCGAAGGUAUUAAAAAAAAUUAAACGUCACUUUUACCGCGUAAAAAAUACAGAUUAAAAAUAAUAAAAGAUAUCAGUUUUUUUUAAUUCGUGCAGUGAUGGGAUGAAAGCGAUUUUAGAAAAUGAAAUAGUGAUGUGAAAAUGUUAUGGUGUUUUGGUGUCACGGUAGAAUCUGCGUCGAUACCUAAUGCGAUAACUAAUAAAGAUCUACAAAAAGUUCGUCAAAGUGUGCAGUUACCAAUAGUUCACGUUGUAUUUCGAAAUCGAUAAGUGAAAUCGAGAGAUUUUAUAUUUCGAUCAAUAAACAAAUACUUAACUUUGUCUUAUUCAAAAUUCAAUAUUCAGCAGUGCCUAAAUAAAAAGUGCGACACAAAAAUAAUCAAGGUGAAAAAUCGUGAACAAUCAAAAUAUAUGUGAAAUGAAUAAAACACAUUCAACAAAUACAAAUCAAUACAAAUAAUAAAAUUCUAAGUGAGCACUAUAAUGUGAAAUAGAGGAAAUUCGGCGUGAAAUAGUGAAAAUUGGACGUGAAAUUGUGAAAAUUGGACGUGAAAAGUAGAUAUUAGGCGUGAAAAAGUGGAAAUUAAAGGUGAAAUAGCGUAAAUUUGACGUGAAAUAAAAGUGAAAUAGCGGGAAUUUGGCGCGAAAUAGUGUAUGAUGUGUACGGAGUAUGGGUGAGCAGCUGCACAAGACCUGCGUCCGGGUGAACUCCGCCGAGGAUGACGAGGCCCGGGACGAGGUGGACCACGACCUGCCCAAGAAAAACCCUUUUGUUCGGGGCUCGGACCCUCGCGUGGCGACGUGCCGAGGCCGGCUGCAGACGCGGCGCUGUCAGCUCAACCAGGAGAUCAACAAGGAACUGCGCCUGCGAGCCGGUGCUGAGAACUUGUUUAAGGCCACAACGAACAGGAAGCUUCGCGAGACCGUCGCGCUGGAGCUGAGCUUCGUCAACUCCAACCUGCAGCUGCUCAAGGAGCAACUCGCCGAGCUCAACUCCUCCGUCGAGCUCUACCAGAAUGACAGCAAAGAGUGCGUGAUGCCGAUGAUCCCGCUCGGCCUGAAGGAGACCAAAGAGGUGGACUUCAGGGAGCCCUUCAAAGACUUCAUCCUGGAGCACUACAGUGAAGAUGCCGCCACGUAUGAAGACGCCAUCUCUGACUUCAUGGAUAUGAGACAGGCCAUGCGCACACCAGUUCGCUCGACAGCGGGAGUGGCGCUUCUAUUCAAGUACUACAACCAGCUGUACUACAUCGAGAGGCGGUUCUUCCCUCCCGACAGAUCACUCGGCGUGUACUUCGAAUGGUUCGACUCUUUAACAGGAGUCCCAUCAUGCCAGCGAACAGUUGCUUUUGAAAAAGCAUGUGUACUGUUUAAUAUUGCUGGCAUUUAUACACAAAUUGGCGCCAAACAGGAGCGCGCUACGUGCGCGGGUCUGGACGGCGCGGUGGACGCGCUGCUGCGCGCGGCGGGCGCGCUGCGCUACAUCCACGAGAACUUCACCAACGCGCCCUCCGUCGACCUCGCCGCUGAUACUCUCCUCGUGCUGGGAGCGCUGAUGACGGCCCAAGCGCGAGAGUGUCUGUUCGAGAAGCUUCAGCUGCAAGCGAGGGAAGCUUGCGGAGGAAGAGAGCGGGAGCUGCGAGACGACCUCGACAUGUGCCUCGACCUCGCGCAGGAGAGCGCGCAGCUCGCCGCCACCUACCUCCAGCUCUAUGAGAAGAUGCAAACGGAAGGAGUAUUCAACUACGUGCCAUACUCGUGGGUCUCGCUGGUCCACGUCAAGACUGAAUUUUAUAAAGCGUUAGCGCACCAAUACUGCGCGACAGGGCUGCUGCACGCGACAGGCGAGCGACGCGCGCGCGACCGCCUCGCUGCACUCUACGCGCCCUCCGACAACGACGGUUCUAUAACAGGGUUUAAGUGUGACGAGGAGUUCGACCACACGGCGCUGGGGCGCGCGCACCUCGCGGAGGCGCUCGCGCUGUAUGAGGAGGCGUUAAGGCUGCAGAGGAUGUGUCGAGAGCUGCGCAACAAGGAGGCGCUGUCGCGCGCAGUGCGCGCGGCUCGGGAGCGCGCGUCGCGCGAGCACGCGCCGCCGGCUGACGAGUUCGCGGACUUGCUCGACGUGCCCAACAUACUACCCUCCUCCAAAUUCCAGUUAGCUCUAACCCCACCAGACUUCGCUCAGUACCGAGUGGACGAUCUGUUCAAAUCGCUGGGACCCAUCGCCGUGUUCUCGGCCAAGCGGCACUGGAGCGCGCCGCGCCUCGUGCAGCUGCAGAAGUGCGACAAGCGCAGGGAGGCGCGACGCGACCGUCGCAACGGACACGACGAGAUCAAGGUCAAGCGACGAGCCAGCGACAAGAGAGACCGAUCGGAAGACAACACUAUGUAUUACAACCAGGUUAUCAGAAGCGACGAAAAGUAUACAGACGACUACGACAAACACAGGGUUACAAAACAAAAUGGCGUCUACAUCAAUAGCUUUGACAAUAACAACUUCGAUUACCACCCGAAAGUUCUAGAUUAUAAGGAGAAUGGGUUGAAGGAUUAUGGGAAGGUGAAGAAUGGAAGGGAGAGGAGGAAGGCUGAGCUGAGGAGGGUGGCGAGUGAAUACAGUGUGAAUAAGGAGGAGGAAGGGUUCGGUUUCUCUGUGAGAGGGGACGCGCCGGUGGUCAUUGCUGCGGUGGAACCCAAUUCUUUAGCUGAUAUCGGCGGCAUGCGUGAGGGCGACUUCAUUAUAUCCAUAGGAGAUAAGGAUGUUAAGUGGAGUUCACACGACGAGGUGGUAUCACUCAUACAGAGCGCCGGCGACGCGCUCACGAUGCGACUCGCCACGCCCAUGGACAGGAGUAACUCUAAGUCAUCACCAGAGACCCCCAGACAGACGAACUCUAACCAGGGUUCAGUAUCAGCAGCGUCCACCGCGUCCAGCGGGUCCACGGCCGCCACCGCCAGGUCCUCCGCCAAAAGAGUGCCGUCAUGGAACCCCUUCAAACGCACCAGCACUCGCGACAACAACUCGCACAGGGGGUCGCAUAGCAAUGUUAUAUUCCGAUACGCGCAGCUCGCCGCCACCUACCUCCAGCUCUAUGAGAAGAUGCAAACGGAAGGAGUAUUCAACUACGUGCCAUACUCGUGGGUCUCGCUGGUCCACGUCAAGACUGAAUUUUAUAAAGCGUUAGCGCACCAAUACUGCGCGACAGGGCUGCUGCACGCGACAGGCGAGCGACGCGCGCGCGACCGCCUCGCUGCACUCUACGCGCCCUCCGACAACGACGGUUCUAUAACAGGGUUUAAGUGUGACGAGGAGUUCGACCACACGGCGCUGGGGCGCGCGCACCUCGCGGAGGCGCUCGCGCUGUAUGAGGAGGCGUUAAGGCUGCAGAGGAUGUGUCGAGAGCUGCGCAACAAGGAGGCGCUGUCGCGCGCAGUGCGCGCGGCUCGGGAGCGCGCGUCGCGCGAGCACGCGCCGCCGGCUGACGAGUUCGCGGACUUGCUCGACGUGCCCAACAUACUACCCUCCUCCAAAUUCCAGUUAGCUCUAACCCCACCAGACUUCGCUCAGUACCGAGUGGACGAUCUGUUCAAAUCGCUGGGACCCAUCGCCGUGUUCUCGGCCAAGCGGCACUGGAGCGCGCCGCGCCUCGUGCAGCUGCAGAAGUGCGACAAGCGCAGGGAGGCGCGACGCGACCGUCGCAACGGACACGACGAGAUCAAGGUCAAGCGACGAGCCAGCGACAAGAGAGACCGAUCGGAAGACAACACUAUGUAUUACAACCAGGUUAUCAGAAGCGACGAAAAGUAUACAGACGACUACGACAAACACAGGGUUACAAAACAAAAUGGCGUCUACAUCAAUAGCUUUGACAAUAACAACUUCGAUUACCACCCGAAAGUUCUAGAUUAUAAGGAGAAUGGGUUGAAGGAUUAUGGGAAGGUGAAGAAUGGAAGGGAGAGGAGGAAGGCUGAGCUGAGGAGGGUGGCGAGUGAAUACAGUGUGAAUAAGGAGGAGGAAGGGUUCGGUUUCUCUGUGAGAGGGGACGCGCCGGUGGUCAUUGCUGCGGUGGAACCCAAUUCUUUAGCUGAUAUCGGCGGCAUGCGUGAGGGCGACUUCAUUAUAUCCAUAGGAGAUAAGGAUGUUAAGUGGAGUUCACACGACGAGGUGGUAUCACUCAUACAGAGCGCCGGCGACGCGCUCACGAUGCGACUCGCCACGCCCAUGGACAGGAGUAACUCUAAGUCAUCACCAGAGACCCCCAGACAGACGAACUCUAACCAGGGUUCAGUAUCAGCAGCGUCCACCGCGUCCAGCGGGUCCACGGCCGCCACCGCCAGGUCCUCCGCCAAAAGAGUGCCGUCAUGGAACCCCUUCAAACGCACCAGCACUCGCGACAACAACUCGCACAGGGGGUCGCAUAGCAAUGUUAUAUUCCGAUAAACUUUUCCUAUCAAACUUAACUUGUGAAUCCAACUAAUAUGUUUUAAAAAAUAAAAUUAAAACAUUAUAGCGCGAUGCAAUACGGUACAGCGACAUCUAUGUAUCAAGAAUAUAAACCACGUCGGCGAUAACCAGACUAUUGCACGGGAUAAUAGCUCUCAUAGGGGAACAACUUACCCACGUUGCCUUGCUAAAGUUUAUAAAUAGUAAGCAAUGGGGUUCUAUCAAAAGAAUUUUAGCUUACACCUACUUAGUUUAAAUUUUUUGAAAGGCUUCACUCCAGAAUGUUAUUAUUUUUAUAUCCUGAAUAGACUUGGAAAACUGUGAAUCCGUCCCUUUACGCUGCAUCUAUUAUAUAUUUAGUUUCUAAAUAUAUAUUUAGGAUAAGAGAUAAUAAUAUAAUAUGGCUAUGACAUUCCAAAGUUUUCUCUUAUAAAAAAAAUUAUAAUUUCAAUUCUAUUAAUACAGUUAUGUACAUAAAACUAAAUUAUUUUUAUUGAUUUUCAAUCUAUGAAUUAAUGUAUGAAUUUUUGGUGCUUUACCUGAAUAAACUAUAGAGUUAUUCUAUAA